CAGCACAUGCACUAAUAGCACUAAUAGUGUAUACUCCAUAAGGGAGGGAGGUGCUUUGUGACAAGUGAUUCACACAUUGCUACGUUCUUACUGGCUGAGACUGAAUAUACACUGCAGCCAUUUUAAUCACACUUUCAGUGUAGCUGAAACAGUGCAGUCUCAAAAUGGCUGAUGAAAUUGUCUCUGGAGCAGUUUAGCAUGACUAUGCUAAUGAGCAAAUCUGAUGCAGUCACAUGUUACAGAUUUAGAGAAUCAAGAUGGAAAACAGUGAAGAACCUCAAAAAAAAGUUUUUAAGGCCCGUAAAACCAUGCGAGCAAGUGACAGACAACAGCUUGAAAGUGUAUAUAAAGUAAAAGAAGAUAUUUUGAAGACUGCUGAUCUGAAACUAUUAAAUGGAAAACAUGAAAAUGGGGAUUCAGAUAUCAGUUCUCCUUUAUUAAAUUCUGACUGCGUUGAGGAAAGAGAAAUGAAUGGCCUAGAAGAUGUAUGUCUUGAUCCUGAAGACAAUAAAGUAGAAUCUGAUGAAAUCACUGAUGUCAAAAGUCCAGAUAACAAGGACAACCAGCAUGGUGACUUAACAGCAAAAUUUGAAACACUAUCUCCUGAAGACAUUGUUUCUGAGCAACAUCAUGAAAAUAGUAGCCCACCUUUGAGCCCUGGAUCUGAAAGUCAAGUACUUGAAUGUAAUAAAGAUAGUGACAUCCAGGAACAGAUCACUAUAAAAGAGGACCUGAAUUAUAAAGAUCUUUGUGUACCUGAUACUUUGGAUCAGAAAUCCUCAUCAAGUAAUACUGAAGAAGAAAGUAACAUUAAUGACCAAAUGGUAGAACCAGCAGAAACAAAUGAAUUGGCUAUUACUCCUGAACUAUCUAUGGAGGAAAAAAAUAAUGCAGAGGAAGCUGCUGUAAAAGAGAAUGUUGUUGAGGAAGCAAUAUCUAGUAGUUUGAAUACAGCUGAAGGUUCAAAGAAUGAAAUCAAAUCUGCAGAUGUUAUAGAGACGAUGGCUCAAAAAACUGUAGAAGAACCACCAACUGAGAAUAUGCUGGGAAAUGCAGCUAGAAUGGAAACAGAUGAAAUUAUUCCAAUUUUAGAAAAACUGGCCCCAGCAAAUGCAUUAAAUUGUUUCUCUCAACCCAUCUUGCUUCCUGUAGAGACUCCUAGCUUAUGUUCAGAAGAAAAGGUAGCAAAUUCUUUAAAUUCUCCAUCUAAACACGAAAGCAAUGAAAGUUUGCCCAAAGAAGCUUUCUUGGUUCUUUCUGAUGAAGAAGAAGUUUGUUGUGAAAAAGAAGCUGUAGUAUUAAUGUCAAACCAUGAAAACCCUCCAGAAGACAGAGAGGAAAAAAAAGAACUGAAUCACAUAGAAGAAAAGGAGCCCAACAAGGAGGAGGAGAAACCUCCAGAAAAAUGUGAGGCAUCAAGAAGAAAGCGUUCUAAAUCAGAGGAUAUGGAUAGUAUCCAUUCUAAACGUCGGCGGUACCUGGGAGAUUUUGAAGCAGAAUUUGAAGUAAAAAUUACAACCAAAGGAGAUGUCCAUCAGAAACUUGAAAAGGUCAUCCAUCGUUUUCUAGAAGAGAAAUUUAGUGCCAUGGAAUGUGCUUUGUUUGAUAAAACUCUAGAAGAUUUGAAAAGCAGAGUAGAUAAAAUUGAAUGCAAUAAGAGACACAAAACCGUCAUUACAGAAUUACAGGCUAAAAUUGCAAGAUUGACAAAACGUUUUGGAGCAGCUAGAGAGGACUCAAAGAAAAAACCAGAAACUCUACAAAAUGCAGCCCAUUCCCCAGGAAAAGCAGUGGGUGAUACAGGCAGUGUCAAUAGUGCGACAUAUCGAAAUGCUAGCACAGUAAGACAAAUGCUGGAGUCCAAGAGAAAUGUAGGAGACACUCCAUCAACUACUUUUCAGUCCCCUGUGAAUACAGUGUCUGCUGCUUCUCUUACUACUCCACAGACACCAGUCAGUGGACACCCGAAGCCCCAAACACCAGUUACUUCUGCAUCCCUUACAUCUGGUUCUUUGACGACACCUGUUCUUCCCACAGCUAACACUGCAACAGUAGUUGGUACCAGCCAAGUGGCUGGUGGGAAUACACAGCCAAUGUCUGUUUCACUUCAGUCUUUGCCAGUAAUCCUGCAUGUACCUGUUGCAAUGUCCUCUCAGCCUCAGCUCCUGCAAGGUCACACAGGAACCUUGGUUACUAAUCAGCAAUCUGGCAGUGUUGAAUUUAUACCUGUCCAAAGCCAAUCAAAUGUUGGCAAUCUAACCAAAACUCCUUUGUCUUUGUCAUCAACUAAUUCAGCAAAACCAAACAACCCUUCAUUGUCCAGUUCAAGCAUUCAGAGGAACUCUCCAGCUACUGUUGGCUGUUCAAUAGGGACAACCCUUGCAGUGCAAGCUGUAACAACAGCACAUGCUGUUGCACAAGCCACAAGGACUACUUUGGCUACUGUGAGUACUUCAGGAAUAUAUACUCCUCCCAUCAAUAGGAACUCCAUACAGAUGAAGAUUCCUAUAUCAGCCUUCAAUAAUUCAGCUCCUUCUGAAGUGAAUACUACAACACCAAGAAUUGAGAAUCAGACAUCCAGAUUGUUACCACUUCCACCACCACCAGCAGCAGAUAAUAUAGCAAAUAAGAAGGCAGCUGAUGUGCCGUUGCAGACUGGAAAGGUUACAGGAAGUAUUACAGCUGGAGUAAUUGAUCUCACAUUAGAUGAUGAAGAUUAUGGUUCUUCUCAAGAUGGCAAGAAGCAGAACCAGAACCAAUCUAACAACUCUGGAAUGGGCCUAUCAGCCCCAUCUAUUGCUCGCCCCUUACAUGCAGUACAGACAACCCCUCUCCAACAAGCUGGUGUGCCAACAAGUGGCCUGUCACAAGCCACCAUACAUGUUCUCCCCACAGCCCAGACAACUGUGAAUGUAACACAUCGCCCAGUGACUCAGGCUACAGCUAGACUCCCAGUACCAAGAGCUCCUGCUAACCAUCAAGUAGUCUAUACUACUCUUCCUGCACCAUCAGGACAGAAUCCUGUGCGAACCGCUGUUAUGCAGAAUUCUGGUUUAAGGCAAAUCAACCCACAAAAUUCAGGUGUAACCGUGCGAGUGCCUCAAACAACAGCUUACGUUGUAAACAGUGGGUUAACUUUAGGAUCUGGUGGACCUCAACUCACAGUACAUCAUCGGCCUCCUCCAGUACAUUCAGAGCCAUUGCGGCCUGUGCAUCCAGCCCCUCUGCCAGAGGCCCAGCAGCCCUCCCGACUGCCUCCUGAAGCUGCCAACCAUUCUUUGCCUCAGAAGCCACACCUGAAGCUAGCCCGAGUGCAAAGUCAAAAUGGCAUUGUGCUUUCUUGGAGUGUUUUGGAAGUGGACCGGAGCUGUGCUAGUGUGGAUAGCUAUCAUCUAUAUGCAUACCAUGAGGACCCAAGUGCCACUGUACCCUCUCAGUGGAAAAAGAUUGGGGAAGUAAAAGCCCUUCCUCUGCCUAUGGCAUGCACACUUACUCAGUUUGUGUCUGGCAGCAAAUAUUACUUUGCUGUGCGUGCUAAAGACAUCUAUGGACGUUUUGGACCCUUCUGUGACCCCCAGUCAACAGAUGUGAUUGCUUCCCAAAGCAGUUAAACUUAAGACAUUCAAAGCUUCCAUUCUUGCCCCAUGGCUGUGGCUUGAUCUAGUUUUGAGUUUGUUCUCAUGCAUGAAACUCAUUGUAAACUCUUCUCUGCAGAAUUAUUUUGGAGAGCUCUUUCAUACACUACAAAACUUACAACCAAAACUGAAAUAAAUUCAUAACCUCCAGCAAGACAGCUUGUAUUUCUGAUGGAAUAGUUUCCUCCCCUUUGCUUACAAGUCACUGUACCUAGUAAAUAGUGAGUUAGAAAGUUUGGGAAUUUGGCUGACAUGUUCCAUGUGGCCCACCAGUAAUGUCAAACAUUGGCACAAGCGCAGAGUAUACAGCCAGGUUAGGUGGGAAGCCUGGAUUCAGGGUUGUGCUUAGUCCUUGAAGAGUGACCCAUGGUACUUUACAAGACAUCUAACCUACUUCCUAAAGGGCAACGAAACUUAUCCACAAUCAGUUUUUGAGUUCUUGUACAUGGGUCUGCUUAUUGAAAUGAAAAUGUUCCAGGCAGGCUUGCAUUCUAUUUGUCACCAGAACUUGGGAGUAUUUUAAAGCCCACCACUAAAGCCAGGUUUCUAGAAAACUUCAUUUGCAUUUUCAAUAGCUUCCUGAUUCUCUUUUUAUGAUCCUUCUCUUUUUUAAAAAAAUAAUUUAAUUUGUGCCUUAAACAAUAAUUUCAAAAUAAAUGCAGUCACACUUUCUGUGUUCCUCUUUCUUUGCCAUCCUUUCAAUAAUCUGCUCUUGCUAACCCUAGAAUGUCAUAAUCUCUCAUUGCAGAUUCACUUGACAAGUAAUACCCAGGUUUUCAAUAAUUCAUGCUAAGGUUUACAUUACUUAUUUAAUUUAAUCUGUAAAGAUUUAUCACUCUUACACUGUUUAGCUGCAUCAUGCUGUUCUUAAGAUGGUAGGUGGCCAAAAAAUAAACCUCAUAUUUUUAACAAACACACACAAAUACCUAGAUUUCUGUGUAACAACUUUAUGAAAAUUUGAUAUCUAUUGAGUCCAAACAACAGAAUAGAUCCCCUACUUUUUUCAAUUCAGCAAAGCUCAUGGCCACUGAAAAUAAGUAAGCUACACCUGGCACGGAAAUAACUACUAUAUUCUAUUCUAGAGAAAAAUAGGGCAUACAUUAUCUUCUUGGUUGAUAAUGCCUAUUAAAUAGUGGUAACUCUUCACUGGAUUGCUUGGCACUUCCUAUUAACUUCCUGUUCUGAAACUGAUAAGAGCUGGAAUAGAAAUGCAAAGUUCAAAAAAGGCAGUCAGAAGCUAGCUUAGGAAGACAGGGUCUUACUGCUGUUUAUGUGGGCAAGUGUAUUUCAGUAAAGAAAAACCAUAGUCUUGUGGCAUUUUGUGGUCUUAUUUUUUCCAGAAUAAUGUGAAAACUUUUUCUCGUCUCUAUGUGUUGUGGUCAGAAACUACUUUUGAGAGUAAAUUUCAUUCUGUGUAUUAUGAAUUCUUCAAAUCAAUCAACUGGUAAUUGGCAUAUAAUCAAUUUAUUAUAUUUUCUUAUUACCUUCAAAAAUCUGGAAAUAAAACAACUGAUUAGCUAGAAACUCAUCUCUGAAGUGCUCACAAGAUUUUUAUUAUACUAAAGGAGGGACACAUUUAGCCCACCUCUUAAUUUGAAUACUGAAAAAUGCAAAAGGCAGUCAACAAAAAGGGAUCAGAAAUCAAUGGAAGCAGCAUUUAAUUACAGAACCAUUUUUAUUUUUUUUAAGAAACAUUGGGUUCCACUGUUUAAUUUGGCAGUUCCUAUUGUUUGUAGCCAAUAUAUUGUUACUUGCCCUUUUAGAUUUAUUUUUUUUUACUUGGAUAAUAAAGUCAGGCCUGAGAACAUCUGGGAGGAAAGUAUACUUUCAUAAGGUGUGCAACUUUUUUUUUGAGGUACCUACAACUAACAGAAGGCAUAAGAAGUCAUUCAAAAACUUUCAGUUCAAGUUUCCAGUAUUGGAUCUCGUUCCAUGUUCAAGUAAGUUUGUGGCAGAUGUUAAUUUCAGCACUUCUUAAAUUUGCAUUUUGGAGGAUAGUUGUUAGCCUUCAGUUUUAUAAACUUCAGCUGAUAGGAUUGGAUGCUACAUUUUCCAAAACAGAAUGAGCAUGCCUCAUAAGUUAUAUAAAGCAAUACAGCGUUAGGCAGAAACAAAUUCUUAUGUGUAAGUAAUGGCAAAACACAUCAUAUUUUAUAUUCUGUGCUUAAUUCUCUGCCUUUGCCCAAAAAAAGACAUCUGAAUCUGUAGAUAUUAAUGUGUCUUUGCAACAGAUAACGGGACCUUUAUUCUUUUUCUAUCAAACGACUAUAAACAGGAUUGCAUGGCAACAAACUGGACUAAUGCUGGAUUUUUAUUAUUCUGUGUUGAUUGAGAAACUGCAUUCCACUCAGCACUGUGAACUUGUUAUAGUAUGGAUAGAAGAAAUAUUUUUUGAAAGACCUUGAAAAAAAGAAAAUUUCACUGUCUACAUUGUACCAUGUUGGUAUAUUUUUUUCUCACCACACUAUAUUUUAUCGCAGUGUAUGCCUGGCCCAGCUUAGACAUCUUUUUCUACAAUAAUUUCACUGUGAAACUAUAUUUCAGCAAUGUUCUGCUCUUUUAUACUGAUAAUGCAGCUACUAGUAGUAGUCAAGUUCCAUUUCAAAAGAAAUGAUAUAAAUUCUGAAAGUGAGCUAGAAGAUUAUUAUCUGGGUCUGGAACUCUUGUUAGCUUAUUUCUGAUCAAUUUUUUCUCCAAAUUACAAUUUAUACAAAAAAAAAUGAUUGAAUUUAGAUUGUGGAGAGCAAGAUGGGCAACAUGCUUUUUAUAUUAGCAAAUUAAUGAUAGAGGAUAAUAU